AUGAAGAAAAUUCAAGAAAGUCUUCAUUUCUGCAUGCAAUAUGGAGCUACCAUCCACAGAAACGACAUGUUUGAGCACAGAAUGCCUUCAUAUAAAAGUCUGACUCAUCUUUACAACGACCUUCUGCCUUCCACUCUUGGCAUUGCUUUGUAUCUCCCUGGUCUAUGCACGCCUGAAAAAGGUGGAGUGAAGAAAGAAUCCAUUGAUCAAAAGAAAGACAUUGUACCUCAGACUUGUAAAGGCGUGAGAGAGGAGAGUACGACGCGCGCCAAAACAGGUAAACGAAUGGAUACUUCUGAUAUAGCGUGCAUUGACCAGGGAGAUACAAAGCAAUGUCAAGAGUGGAAGGCAGAAGGCCGCUGCAAAGAUGAGUCGGACUUCUACAUGAAGGCAUUCUGUGCUCAAACAUGUCGUUUCUGUGGAUGGUAA